AUGGGAGGUAACCAGUCAUGGUUCCCAGAAUUCAUCCUGGUGGGAUUUCAGCUCAGUGCAGAAAUAGAAGUGCUCCUGUUCUCUAUCUUCUUGCUGCUAUACAUGUCCAACCUGCUGGCAAAUGGCAUAAUAUUAGCACUCAUUUGGUUAGACCUCAAUCUACACUCGCCCAUGUAUUUCUUCCUGUCUCACCUGGCCAUCAUUGACAUGGCCUAUGCUUCCAGUAACUUGCCCAAAUUUCUGGAGAACUUAGUGAUGCAUAAAAAUACUAUCCCCUAUGUGUCAUGUGCUAUGCAGAUGAUCUUGUAUUUGGCUCUUGCUUCUACAGAGUGCAUGAUUUUGUUGGUGAUGUCUUAUGACAGGUAUGUGGCAAUCUGCCACCCCCUCCAGUACACUCUCAUCAUGAACUGGAAAAAGUGCAAGGUCCUAGCCAUCAUUUCCUGGUCAUGUGGUUUUUCUGUGACCCUAGGAAAUCUAAUUUUCUUUCUUAGAUUUCAUUUCUGUGAAUCUCUGCAUGUGAACAAUUUCUACUGUGAAAUCCUAGCUGUCCUGAAAUUAGCUUGUGGUGACACUUUGAUAAACAGAAUUUAUGUACUUACUGUUGGUGUGUUCAUCAUAAUUGGACCUCUUUCUCUAAUGCUGGUUUCCUAUAUGCAUAUUCUCUGGGCAAUCCUGAAGAUACAGUCAAAGGAGGGUCGCAAAAAGGCCUUCUAUACCUGCUCCUCCCAUCUCUGUGUAGUUGGGUUCUACUUUGGUAUAGCCAUGUUGUUUUACUGUGUCCCAGACGAUGGACACCAUGAUGAGCAGAAGAAAAUCCUUUCACUGUUUUAUAACCUGUUCAAUCCAUUGUUGAACCCCCUUGUCUACAGUGUGAGGAAUGCUCAGGUAAAGACUGCCUUCAAGAAAGUCAUGAAAAAAUGGAGGAUAAUAUAA